AUGUCUUCAGAGAGUGACAAUGAACCGACCGAGCCUACAAGUAAAGCGGAAAGUGAGCCGGAUCGAAAAAGAAUCGUAGACAACAACCGACUAACUGGCGACGCAAGAAAAGACCUUGCCACCUCAGUUUACAAAUUCGCCAGAGACCCGCAAAAUCGCUUGAUAACAGUUGCCAGAUCGGAUCUAGUGCUCAAUGAUGGCAAAGGAAUCGAGUCGGAACGGAAGAAAUGGCUCAUGUCGUUAAUAAGAGCUUUUCAGCCUUCAAUGAACAGCGAUGAAAUCAUCUUCACUCGCUGGGCUUACCUCUGUUUCUGGCAUGCUUUAGAAACUUUCUCCGGCCUAAUUCUAUUAACCUACAUAGUUUACUUCUGUCUCACAAGCACCUCUGCCUACCUAAGAAUGUUCGACGGCUACUACACCGGAGAUGAUCUAGCUAGUAUCGGUGCGACGGGGUUUGUGUGCAUGCUUCUGAGUGCGGUUGAAGUUAUUGCAAGCGUUAAAUUGUUUCAUGCAACCAACAAACUUUUAAGAAGAAAGUUUCUAGAGACACAGAUGAUCAACGCAGUUUUUAGUAUGCUAUUCGUGGCCGCGCUGGCUACUGUUUAUAUUUUGAAUUCAAUGGAGGCAGAGGAGGAGAUGAAAACCACCGAACCCUAUGAAAGGUACAUAAACGAUUCAGACAUCCAAUCGGCCAUUGACAACUUUCAAAUUUCCAACAAAUGUUGCGGCAUAACAGAUUUCAAUACCUGGUCUCAAAUCAGAUGGACAGCUAGGACUAUAGAGACCAAUUACGAAGUGCCGACCAGUUGCUGCAAAUCUUCACCAUGCGACAGCAGAAGUGAUGUAGAGUGUGUGAUCGAAGAGAAGAGUCACUUUGUGCAAGCUAAAGAAGAAGCCACUGAUGACUACGACAAACUGGAACGAGAGUUGUUGGAACACAUCAGGGCAACUUACAAGAAAAAAGAGGAGUUGAAAGCCGAUCACAAAUUCAACAAACUCGACGAAAUGGAACACACCAAACUGGAAAAAAGUGAAAAAAAUAAGAAAGACCCAUUUACGAGCGUCAUGACUGGAAAGGUUGAUGACGCGUUGAAAAGUAUGUCAAAUAAGAACUUCAACAGGAGCCCACAUUUGGUUGGAAGAUAUGGUAGGUUCGGAAACAUCAGCCGAAAUAGUAACUUUACCAGAAGUAACUUUUUUAGACAUAACCAAUACUAUACUCCGAAUUUAGACCAGCGUUACGCCUACAACUUCAACAAAGUAUGUAACAAACUUAAAAGUAUUAGGAAUCUCAAAGACAUCUCUCAGUACAGAUUAAAUGAACUAAAUUAUUCUACGAAGCGAGAAAAAAGGCCAACUGGUGAAAAAAGAAUUUUUCUCAAGAGUGAAGAAUCUUCAGAGUGUAGUACCAGGAGUGGGGCGGCGAAGCCUCUGACCGAAAUAUUCGAACGACUGCUAGAGAAUGUCAGGAGCAGGAAACAGAAUAUUUUCGCGCUAUUGAAAGAGGUUGUUCAGAACGAUCCCGUCUGGAUUAGAUCUAAAGCCUUGAACGACUUCCUGGAUAUCUACCAAACAACAACUAAAAAACAACAGCAGCUAUUACAAUCCGAACUCCUGGAACAAUCUGAUAAUGAUGAUGAUGACGGCGAUGAUGAUGAUGAUGCUGAUCGCGAUAAUGGUGACGAGGCUGAAUAUACAUCAUGGUAUGAUGAGAUACCGUAA